AUCAUAGGCGGUUGAGUUUGGAGGAACGAUUACGCAAAUGAAAUGAAAGGAAACUCGAGUGUAGACUUACUUCAGCUAUUAUUGUAGACUAACUAACUACGUUUAUUUAUUUCAUUUCUCAAUUGCAAAAAUAUAUAUUCAAAGAGAAGAAGAAGAAGGUGCGAGCAGAGGAAAGCGAAAAUGGCAUCGGAAUCGAGUCAAAGUUCCAAUCCUUCUUGGUUUACGCCUAAAAGGCUUCUCAUGAUAUUUUGUAUUAUUAACAUGCUAAACUAUGUGGAUCGAGGAGCUAUUGCCAGUAACGGUGUAAAUGGAAGUCUUGCAACUUGUACUGACUCCGGUAUUUGUACUGGUGGCAGUGGAAUUCAGGGGGAUUUUAACUUGAACAAUUUUCAAGAUGGUGUUCUGUCAUCUGCAUUUAUGGUUGGACUCCUAAUUGCUUCUCCAAUAUUUGCUUCUCUGGCCAAAAGUCACAAUCCAUUUCGGCUUAUUGGUGUUGGAUUGUCUGUUUGGACAUUUGCGAUAGCUGGAUGUGGUAGUUCGUUUGAUUUUUGGUCUAUUGCAAUAUGCCGAAUGCUAGUUGGGGUAGGUGAGGCUUCCUUCAUAAGUCUUGCAGCACCAUUCAUAGAUGACCAUGCCCCUGCUGCACAGAAAACAGCAUGGCUUGCUACGUUUUAUAUGUGCAUACCAGCUGGGACUGCUCUGGGCUAUGUUUAUGGUGGAUUUGUUGGAAGUCAAUUUAACUGGCGUGUAGCAUUCUGGGUUGAGGCAAUUUUGAUGCUUCCUUUCCCCAUUUUGGGUUUUGUAACGAAGCCUUUGCAAUUGGAAGGUUUUGCACCCUUGGAAUCCAAACACACACCGACGUCUAUUGAAACAAAUGAUUCAGAAACUGGAGAGGUUUCUGUUAUAGGUGAUGACAUGCUUGCUGAAGAUCAAGCCUUGCUAAGAGGAUCCAAGUCAACAUCCAAAUUGUGGGAUCAAUUCACCAUCUUUUCAAAAGAUGUACAGGAGCUCUUGCAUGACCAAGUGUAUGUUGUAAAUGUUCUAGGGUACAUAUCGUACAAUUUUGUUAUUGGAGCUUAUUCAUAUUGGGGUCCAAAGGCAGGAUACAACAUUUAUCAUAUGAGUAAUGCUGACUUGUUGUUUGGAGGCAUGACAAUUGUUUGUGGGAUUUUGGGGACAUUAGCUGGAGGCUUGUUUCUUGACAGGAUAUCUUCAACCAUCUCUAAUUCUUUCAAGCUUCUUUCUGGAGCAACAUUUCUCGGAGCAAUCUUCUGCUUCAUUGCUUUCCUUUUCAAGAGCUUGUCUGGUUUCAUAGUCUUCUUCUCUAUGGGUGAACUACUGAUUUUUGUCACUCAGGCUCCUGUAAAUUAUGUCUCUCUCCGAUGUGUAAAACCUAGUUUGAGGCCACUGUCCAUGGCUAUAUCUACAGUUUCAAUCCAUGUCUUUGGUGAUGUGCCUUCCUCACCACUCGUUGGAGUCCUGCAGGCUUCUGGGAGAAAAUAUUUUAGACUGGCCGAAAAUGCUCCUGUGAAACGUGCACUCUGCAGAAUAAUACUUAUACACGAGCUGAUUAUAUAGAUAAUGAUUACUGAAGACAAUUCACAAGAUAAAAAUAAUGGGCUAAAGUUUUUAAUCCAAUUUCUUAUGUUACAAUGCAUCUAGCCUUCUUUGUUAGUGGGAUAGUCAUUCAAGUGUGUAGUUCUCAGCAAAUCACAAGAAUGUUGUAUGUUCACUUGAUUUUAUUUAUUAUGUGACACGUUUUUUUAACUGUCUUAGUGGUGAGUACACCCUCCCCAGUCCUCACAUGAGGAGAAUUUCAUUGGGUUACCCUUUGUUCUUUCUGGCUGCCCCUUUCUCAACUUGCCUCUCCUUGUUGAUGUGAAGGGGCUUCUAGUUUUCAUCUGUUAGAAGACAACUAGUAUGCCACUUCAUUGUCUAUUACAAAAAUGUAGUGAGAACACAUUCCUGUUGUACUCUAUUGUCCAGAUAUGCUGACUUUAUAUUCUUGGCAUAUUUAGCCUUUUUCAUGCAUAUAAUUUAGUUUAAAGCGUUGUUUUGACUCUAAGCAAAUUGGUUUUCCU